CAUCUCCGGUUACCAGACUGGCGCACUCUUCUCUCUCCUCUCUCUCUCUCAUCAGCACCACCAAUCCUACGGCACCACCAGCGCAGCGCAGCUAGAACCACCCUUCACCAGCUCCUUCCUCCCCCACCCCACGUGAUCCUUGUACCAAACCCAGAUUUCACUCCAAUGCCCAUUAUACACGUAUGCUAUACACACAUACUCAUGCAUAUAUUAUACGUAUAUUAGCAGAGUCAGAUCCACGCUUAUGAAUUCCCCACAAUUUAAGGUUUCAAUUUCUUGAAAUUCCCCAAUUUUGAAAGAUUUCAAGAUCCUUUCCUUAGUUGCAUAAUCAUUCAAAUAAUCUUUCCUAGUUUUAGUAGCUUGAGAUUUCUUGAACUUGUUGACCCUUUUUUUUUUUUUUUUAUCUAUCAUCGUACACGCGAUAGAUUGUAUCAAUGACCAAUACCCUUUUGAAUCCCCACUUUUCUCUCUCUGAAACUAAUCCCAGCAGCUACAACUAGCAGUAUCUGUGCUGCGGCGGCGGUGGAGGAAAAUGUCAGUAACCUGCGGGGUAGAGUGCGUGGUAGUGCUCGGCUGCCUCCGGUGGGCCUGGAAACGGUGCACCUACAUCGGCUCCUACGACAGCGCCACGUGGACCGACGCCACCGCGGAGGAGUUCGAGCCCGUGCCACGCGUCUGCCGCGUCAUCCUCGCCGCCUACGAGGACGACCUGAGCAACCCCAACUACCCGCCCGCGGGCGGGUACAAGAUGAACCCCGAUUGGGUCAUCAAGCGCGUGACGUACGAGCAGACCCAGGGCCACGCGCCGCCGUACCUCAUUUAUGCCGAUCAUGAUAAUCGCGAGAUUGUUCUUGCUAUCCGUGGUCUCAAUUUGGUUAAAGACAGUGAUUACAAGCUACUACUCAAUAAUCGGUUAGGUAUGCAGAAGUUCGAUGGUGGGUACGUUCACUAUGGGCUAUUGAAAUCUGCAACUUGGUUGUUGAAUGAGGAGUCAGAGACGCUCCGGCGAUUGUGGGUCGAAAACGGGUCCCAAUACAGGUUGAUUUUUGCCGGGCACUCAUUGGGGUCUGGCGUUGCCGCCUUGGUGACAGUGAUUGUAGUGAACCAUCUGGAUCGGCUGGGCGGGAUACCAAGGAGCAGUGUGCGGUGUUAUGCGGUGGCGCCAGCCCGGUGUAUGUCGCUCAAUUUGGCGGUGAAGUAUGCCGAUGUUAUACAUUCUGUGAUAUUACAGGAUGAUUUCUUACCAAGAACAGCAACCCCUUUGGAAGAUAUAUUCAAAUCAAUCUUCUGCUUGCCCUGCUUGUUAUUUUUUGUUUGCUUGAGAGAUACCUUCAUACCAGAAGGUAGGAAGCUUAGAGAUCCUAGAAGACUGUAUGCACCCGGAAGAAUAUAUCAUAUUGUAGAAAGAAAAUUUUGCAGAUGUGGGAGAUUUCCUCCAGAGGUUAGAACUGCCAUCCCAGUCGAUGGAAGAUUUGAACACAUUGUCUUAUCGUGCAAUACUACAUCAGAUCAUGGAAUUGUUUGGAUAGAAAAAGAAUCAGAGAAAGCUCUCGAUAAUAUGAGGGAGAGGAAUUCUGCGGUCACAACUCCCCCAAAAGUACAAAAAAUUGAGAGGUUCCAAUCAUUACAACAAGAACACAAGGAUGCUUUGGAAAGAGCUGUUAGUCUGAACAUACCUCAUGCUGUGACUACCCCCGAAGAGGAAGAACCCUCGACAAGCAAGGAACAGAAUGUAGAAUGCGACGAUUCUGAGUCUUUUGAAAUCGAAGGCACAGUUAAGUCUCAACCCUGUGGCGGAAGAACUAACUGGAAUAUGGUGGUUGAAAAGCUCUUAAAGAAAGAUGAGUCAGGAGAACUACUAUUUGAGAAAGAUGCAGUUGCUUCAAAGUAACAACCCUUCUCACAUUGUUUGCUUAUCUUUGCGACUGUAAUGCAUUCGAUUUUACAUUUUUAAGAUUAUUUUGCUCAUCUUUCUUUUCUUCUUGAUCAUUUUUGGUGCAAUAUUCUCUCUGUUAUGUUGUAAAAUGUUGUUGUAAAGAAUCUGUACUCGCAAUAUUGAACUGAACUUCAUGGUA